AUGGCGUCCGUGCUCAGGCAGAAGCAGUCAGCUGCAGGCCACCUAAACCAGGCUGAAUACUCCACAUAUCCUUCAUCGUUGUCUUCAUACCUCAACCGCCCUCUACCCCCCCUGCCCACCAACAUCUCAUCACACAUUAACCACAUUGAUGCAUCAUCAAGAUGGUCUCACUCCAGCUCCAACAACACUGUCUCAUCGAGCUCGGCAUUUCUCUUCACUACCAACGAUGAAGGUUAUGAUGUGGCUGAAUUUCACCGUAGCGCAGCCCUCAUGCUCGCGGGCCAUGGUUCCAUGCCACGUGCUGACCACGCGGCGGUGAUAUCAGCAGACCGCCUACACCCGUGCCACGCAUCUCGCGAGGUUGAAUCCGAGUCCGAGUCCGUUUCCGGUCAGGUCAGGUCCUUUCCUUGCUCACGUGGAAAGUCGUGCUCCACACGAUUCUGUCUACGACGCCAUAGCGAGACAUGCGUCGAAGCCGACCAGGGUCUUGAUCUCUCAAGCGACGUGAUAUACACUCCUUCAGUCCAGCUCGAAUGCAAUAAUUCCCUUGCCUCUGGCGACGACGCCGUUCUGUCCAUUCUAGACGGCACAACUGUCUCGCGGCAGUUCUGGAUUCAUCAUGGCGAUCACACUUGGCACCAUCCUGCGAGUAGCCCGCGAGAUUCUGGUCCCCACACCAGCAAUGCUAUAAUGGACACUGUGAGCAAUGCCAUGAGCUGCGUCACGCGGCCUGGCUUCCAACCAUCCUUCAUCCAGUGCGAGCUGUGCGGCGACUGUUUCAACUCUCACAGUGAGGAGGAUUUUGCCAACCACAUUGGACAACAUUCGCUUGAUUUUGCCGAAAAGCGUCAUGAGUGUGACGAGUGUAAGAUAUUCUUCGCCAGCAAAAGGGAUCUACGGCGACAUUUGCAAUCUGCGCUUCUCACCCAGCAUUGCGGCUUGAAUUUUGUUCACACCAAUGAUAAAGGAGACGAUGAGUCCUGCUGUACUGGUCAUCACCCACCAACAUACUUCAAGGCAUGCUUGCCCAGCGAUCACGAGUUGAUGGCGGGUCAUCUUUGGGCGUGGGAGUCGUCCCAACUAGAAGCACAUCGACGCAUUGUUGCUGAGGUACUGACAGCGAAGCUGCAUUAUCAGAAGCGAUCUGCGCCGCCUACCCUCAAUGUCAUCUCGACGUCACCUCCUUCACCAACAUGUUCCUUGGCGUCAUCUACUUCAGAAUACUCGGUCGAAUCAUUUACACCAUCGAGACUUUCUUCGCUAUCCGUAUCAGCAUCGCUGACAUCUACAUCAAUUCCUCCACUUCAAUUUUCCUCUAAAAGCAAGCGUGCAGCCAUCAUUCCGCACAGAGUGUCCAUCAUCCAAGAUGAGUCUCGUCCUGAAGAGCUUCGCCGGCCAUCAUCUGCACUCUCAUUUGCUCCAUCGCCUCAACUAUCUGCGCUUUGCGUUUCUACUUCGACAGAUGAUUCCUUCCGCAACAGUCUAGAACGAGACAGCACACGAUGCGACUCGUUACUCGUCGACGACUUUCUUUACAAACAAAUACUUCUCGACAUUUACGCUGGAAACCGCACACACAUCACCGAUGAUGAUGCGAAUGACGACUUUAUCCCAACGCCCGCAAUGACUUACUACACCAACGAAGUGGACGCUCGUCCUGAUUCAGGAGUUCUUCCGAAUGAUUCUAUGUCCUACUAUGCCAUUUCAUCACAAUUCUUCGCCGUUGACACACAUUCAACAUUCUUGUCGCGACCGUCGACUUCUUCUUCCAACCCAAUCUCUUCCGUUGCACACAACAUCAAGAAGGAAAUUUUUCCUCAGCAGAGCAGUCUGCGUAACCUGGCUCGAUUUUAUCGCCGCAAGACAAAACACAGGCUCGCACCCGCAGAUUCACUGUUCGACUCCGCCUCUGCAUCAAGUUCUUCUUCACUCUCGAGCAGCCUCAUCGAGGACGAAAAGCCCUUUUCAGGUGAAGAGAGGAUAUUUCAGGACCGAGAGAAUACGGUUCGUGGGAAUGGCAUGCAAUCCGCAUCCCAUGCCGUCCUCGGUGCGGCAUGA